CACAGCUCGCCUGUUCGUCCUUCUUUCGUCGGGCCAACGACACUUCUUUCUUUUUGUGCGCGGGUACUGGCUCAAAAUCUUAUAACGUCUUCAUCCUUCCGCUCGUCCACGGUGCGUUGCCGAGCCCUCUGAGAACCCUUGCACCCUCGAGUAAUGUGGCAUACGGCUCAAGUCUGCCUCUCUGGGACAUAUGUUUCUCACGCUGCUACGACAAGCCAUGUCAGGCAGUCCCCGCAGUCAAAUAUGGCUACAGUGGUCUGCUGCACUUCAUCUAACAUGUGUCUGACAAUCACUCCGAGAAAUAGGCGACACAUUA